AUGUUUGGAAGUGGGACAACUUCAAAAUUUUGUGAGCCUAAUGCUAGACCUCUUAGACCUAGAAGUAAGAAUGCUUCAGGAAAUCCAUCUGGUACUAGAUAUGAUUCUGAACCAUGUGCCUCAGUUCCUGAAGAAGUGAAAGUUGUAAUGAUGAAAGUUGUGGCAGAGGCUAAGGAUGUUUCAGAAAAGAAAAGAAGACGAAAUACAAUUGAUGACUUUGAUGAUGAGCAUAUUGAAGAGGUGGAUACCAAUCAAAGUAGCAAUAGUAUGAUGUUCAAAAAUAAAGGAAUAGAAAAAUUCAGUCAAGGUGUUCAAUCUACUUUAAAUCAACUGUACAAGAAAGGGGAUAAAGAAAAAGUUGAUACUCAAGUGGCUGAAUUUUUUUACACAAGUGCUAUUCCAUUCAAUGUUAUUAGAAAUCCUGCUUUUGCAAAAAUGUGUGAAAUGAUUGGAAGAUAUGGAGUUGGCUACAAACCUCCAUCAUAUCAUGGAGAAAAACUUUUGAAACAAGUAGUGCAAAAAAUCGAUAUAAUCCUUGAAGAGUUUAAGAAGGAGUGGAAAAGAACCAGUUGCACUAUCAUGUCUGAUGGGUGGACUAAUAAGAAAAGAUAUAAAGUGUUUAAGAUGUUGGAUGAUGUAGUGGAAUUUGUUGGAGAGGAGAAUGUGGUUCAAGUGGUUACCGAUAAUGCUGCAAAUUUCAAGGCAGCUGGGGAGUUAUUGAUGAAAAAAAGGGGGCAUUUGUAUUGGACUCCAUGUGCUGCCUAUUACAUUGAUUUGAUCUUUGAAGAUUUUGAGAAACAUUUAAAGGUCCAUCAAAUUACUAUCAAGAAGGGGAGAAGAAUCACUACCUACAUUUAUGGUAGAGCAAUGCUAAUUAGCAUGCUGAAGAAGUUCACCAAAGGUAAAGACUUGAUAAGGCCAGAUGUAAAACCCGCAAUGGGUUUCAUUUAUGAAGAAAUGGAUUCUACAAAAGAGAAGAUCAAAUUUAACUUUAAUAAUAUUAAGAAAAGUUAUGAAAUAGUUUGGAACAUAAUUGAUGAGAGGUGGAAUAAUCAACUUCAUAAACCUUUGCAUGUGGCUGCAUAUUACCUUAACCCUCACAUGCACUAUGAACCUAAUUUUAGAAAUGAUGAUGUUGAGGUAAAGGAAGGGUUGUAUGAAUGCAUGAAAAGAUUGGUCAAGGAUGUUGCAGAGAGGAAAAAUAUUAAUUUGCAGCUUAUAGAGUUUCAUUUUGCAAAAGGACUUUUCUCAAUGGAAAAUGCAAAAGAUUGUAGGAAAGUUAUGCUUCCUGGAGAAUGGUGGGAGAUGUUUGGAGAUGGAACUCCAGAGUUGAAGCGAUUUGCUAUUUGA